AGUGGGAUGGACUACUCGUACCUAAACCAAGCGGCGGCUGCGGCGGCGGCAGCCGGUUUCGACGGCUCUUCUUGCAGUUUGAGCGGCGGCGGUGCAGGGAUGGAAGCACCUCCGUUGGGCACUUGUUCCUACCCGGAUAUCGGCUCCUGCAGCCAAAUGUCAUACAGGUACACCAUGGGACGUAGCUAUAACUCGACCACCACCGGCAUGUCCGCCCUCGGCCCGGCAUCCCAAUGUCCACCAGUUAUGCCGAGGAGUCAUCAGGAUCACAGAGCGCCCAUAUUUCCUACUACAAUGAAUUUACAAGGUGGCCUGCCUUACAAAGUCUACCCCUCUCACGAAGGCGUGCUGACGGAAAAAAGAAAACAAAGGCGGAUUAGAACGACGUUCACUUCGGCACAAUUAAAAGAAUUAGAAAGAGCCUUUCAAGAAACGCAUUAUCCGGAUAUUUACACCAGAGAAGAAAUUGCGAUGAAGAUCGACCUCACGGAAGCACGAGUACAGGUCUGGUUCCAGAACAGAAGAGCAAAAUUUAGAAAACAAGAAAGGAUCGCCCAGCAGAAGUCGUCCGGUCCGGGCAGCGUCACGUCGGCCGGCGAAGUUAAAACGGUGGAUGCUAAAGGAAAAGAUAAACCACCAUCCCCGCACACGCCAAGUCCGCAGGACAUUAAACCCAUCAACGGUAUAGGGAAGUUGAGCGAAGAAGUAGGAAACAACAACAAAUGGAACCAAAUGGGAAGUCAAAAAGAACUUGGAGGACCGUUUUCCUUGUUAAGUUCCGCUCCCGGAUAUUUGCUCAGCCCAAGUCAUCACCUCCACGGCAACAAACUGCCCAGCAACCACCUCUUCUGAACUCCGCCCUUUUACAACAAUUAACCACCCUUCCCUUCCAUCCGCUCUACAUUGUAAAUAUGUAAAUAUUAUAUUUAAUGAUUCGUUCACCCUAUAAUAAGGGAAGUGUCUAAAACUAAUUUAAAAAAUAAAAAGUAAAAAAAUAUGAAUGCUGCUUACUCCGAACGAGCUGGGCGGAGGAGAGGGCUGCCGAAUAAAAUGUCUUGCCGAUAUCUCGUCCUUAUGGUUAUUAAAGAAAAAAAAACCGGUAGAUUUUUUUGUUGUUACCUUUUUAAUUGUUCGUUAAUUUAAGCUGAAAAAAAAGGUUUCGACGUAAAAAUUUCACAAUACUCUACGCUUCCUGGAUACCGUCAAUGGCAUACAUUUUUAGAAAAGGUUGAAUAACAAAACAGGGAGAAAUUAACAUUUCGCGGUAAACAAAUAGCAAUCUUUGAUAUAAAAAAAGUGUCAUGCUAUCUGUUUAUUGAUCUUUGUGAUCAUUGUCGUUUAUAAAUAUGUAAAUAUAAAUCAAGUCAGUCAGAGAAUGCCUCAAUUUUUUUACUUGCUUACUUAAUUACUUAAAACAAGAAUAAUAACUUUUCAAUGAAAAUGACUGACAAAGGAGAUAAGCGAUGAAGUUUACGUUCUAUUAACAAAAAAUUACUUAAUAAACUGAUUAUUAAAAAACCAAUCACUUGUCUGUAAUGUUCAAAAACGUUUUCCCUUGGUAUUUGAAUGUUACACUAGAACCAUUGUGUAGCACGUACUUUUUAAAUUGA